AUGGAUCAUGGAAAGGGUAAAGGGAAGAAAAUAGAGGAAGGAGAUGGGGAUAUUGGUAAUCCAGGAGUUAUUUUUGAUUUGUUGGAAGUGAUGUCUAAAGUUGAUCCAGAAAUGAAAGAGCCCUUUCAGCAGCUUGGGAAGCGUGAUAUUCGUCGUGAUAACUUUGGUCAGGUAGUUUUAAUCAAAUUGUAUGACAGGAUGGGGUGUCAGAUCAAGAGCGGGAUUGUUGAGAAGAUCCAAGAGGCAAAGUAUUUUUCAGUUGUACUAAACUGCACUCGAGACGCAAGGAGUGAAGAACCAACAUCUCUUGUGAUAAGAUGUGUGGAUGUUUCAGCAACUCCUCCAAAGGUAGAAGAGUUCUUUUUAGGAUUUUUAGAGUUGGAUGGCAAAUCCGGGGAAGAAAUUUUCGGGGAACUGAAGGGUGUAUUGAGCAAACUUGAACUUGAUAUUGGUGACGUAAGAGGGCAAGGAUAUGCAAAUGGCCAUAGGUUGAGGGGGAAAGAAAACGAUGUGCAGAAAAGAUUACCCGAAAUAAAUCCUAGAACGUUCUACACGCCAUGUGGGUCUCAUACCCUUAAUACUGCACUCUAUAAUAUGGUAGUAUGUUGUCCAAGAGCUUCCAGUUACAUUGGUUGCUUCGAAAUUAUGUAUUCAGUGUUCACUUCUUUGCCAAAGAUAUGGCAAUAUUUCACUGAAAAUGUUCAAGAUCUCACACCUGAGCCUUCGUCAUCAAAUCGUUGUGGUGCUCACGUUGGAUGUGUUGAAGCAUUAAGAUUCAAGGCUCCAGAAAUACUAGAUGCUUUGGACAACUUCAUAGAGACAGAAAAAUAUGAUCUCGCUUCGGUUAGUCUAGCUGACAGACUGGCAAAUAGUCCUAUAUUUGGAAUUGGAAAUUUGGAGUUCUUGUUUGGCAUGAUUGUUUGGCACAAUCUGUUGCUUGCUUUUGACCCAGUUAGCAAAAUGCUUCAAACUGAAGACUUGCAACUCGACUCUGCUAUUGGUCAAUUAAAUGGACUGAUUUCUUUCAUUGAAAAAUAUAGGCAGACUGGAUUUAAGGAGGCCAUGGAGGAAGCUAAAAAGGUUGUAAUUGCAAUGGGAUUUGAAUCUGUAUGGGAAAGCCCUGACGGAUGUUUCAUGGAUUUAGCGCUCUCUUUAGCUAAGAGUAGGUUGGAAUUAUACCAAGUGUAUGAGGAAGCCUUUGGGUUUUUGUUUGAUUUGAAGAAGCUUCAUUCCGCAGAUGAUGAUAGCCUGAGGGAUUCCUGUGCUAAACUAGAGGAAUUUCUAAAGCAUGACAAUGUUUCUGAUAUUGAUGGGAGCGGCUUAUUUUCAGAAUUGAAAUUCUUGAAGGAAGUUUUACCUAAAGAAACGAAAAAGGCGAUUGAAGUAUUGUCUUUUCUGCAAGGGACGAAUGGCUACCCAAAUGCAUGGAUUGCUUUCAGGAUCCUACUAACAAUUCCAAUUUCAGCUGCAUCUGCAGAAAGGGGUUCAAAGUUGGAGUUGAUCCACUCUUACCUUCAGUUAGCCAUGUCAGAAGAAGCAUCUGAGGGAUUAGCUAUGGUGUCUAUUGAACUAGCUAUGCUAGAGAAGCUUGAUACUGCAAGCGUAAUUGCUGAUAUUGAAGCUAAAACUUCUGCGCGACAAACCUAA